AUGGCUUAUGAGAUUGAGAUUCAGAAAUGCAAAUUCUCAAGUGCCACUCAGUUUUACCAAAUCAGUAAGGUGGGGCUCAGAUUAAGAGGGCUCUUUCUCCUUUUCUCUUUGACAUGGACUUGUGCUGGGGAUUGGUCAGCUGUGCGAGUAUGACACAGCUACUUUUGGUUCUAUGCCAAGAAACCCACACUAUUUCACAAUUUGUAUAUGAACCCCAAUGAAGCAUUUUUAGGAGAUGACUGCCUUGUAACCUGCACUUCACUGGAUGCUCAUUAUGAGUUUUUCUACUAUUCUCAUAACUGUGGCAUCAUAACCAAAACUUUGCAGGAGACUCUUCUGCUUAAAACUAUAAUCAAGUAUAUCUCAAGUAACUCUGAAGACACAGCUGAAAUGCUACUGUCAUGUGUUGUUACAAAAUGAGCAUGCAUGUAUCCAUUUUUAAAUGAAGCAGAAAGUGUAGAUAAUGAAACCAGCUCUGAAGACACAGAAGUUGCUUCUGCAAUGCAGCCACAGUAA